AUGUUCUUCGACGUGGUACCCUGCAUGGUAAGGGUGCAGGGCUACAUGGUCAAACUCGAGGUUAUGGAUUGUGGAUCGGGAGUUCCGGCUAACCAUCAGUACUCUAGUGUCUUGGGACGAGAUGCAAGUCUUUUCCUUUCGUGUUUUCUCGAUCAUCAGUCAGGGGAUCAAGGUAUGAGUGCAAGUGGUAUGUGUAUGAGUCGUGGAUGUGGAUCAUUUGGUGUUAGGUCAGGGGUUGCAUGUUCAAACUCGAGGUUAUGGAUCAUGCAUUGGGGGUUCCGGCCGGCCAUCAGUAUUCAUUGUCAUGGAAUGAGAUGCAAGAAUUUUCCUUUCGCUUGGUCUCGAUCAUCAGCCAGGGGACCAUGGUACGAGUACGGGUGGUAUGAGCAUUGGACGUAG